GCAAGGAGUACGGGUUUUCUGUGGGGCACAAACAUCUUAAGGGGUUAAAAGGGGACGCCGAUGGCCACAGUGGGAGGUAAAGCAGCGAAGAGGGCCGCAGCUGCAGCCGCAGUGGUCAGAGUGCGCGAGGCCACGGCGGAGCUAAUCCUCACCGCGGAGCCAAAGGGGUCGCCGAAGCACGCCGGCAGCGCGCCCUUCAAGUGCGACAAGUGCAACCGGAGCUUCAGCACGGGCGGCCAGCUGACGAGCCACAGCUGCAUGAAGGACCGGCCCUACGCCUGCACCCUGUGCGAGAAAAGGUUCCUGACCCGGAGCCACUUAAACGAGCACCAGCGCGUGCACACCGGCGAGCGGCCCUACACUUGCUUCCAGUGCGUGCGCUCCUUCACCACCAUGCACAACCUCAAGCGCCACCAGACCAUCCACACCAAGGAGCAGCGCUACCGCUGCAAGACCUGUGGCGUGCUCUUCUGCCACGUGCACAAGGGCGCCUGGACGGACGGAGCCUCCCCGGAGUCCACUCGCUCAUCGCCGAGACAAGGCCUCGAGUCCUCUGCCACGUCCCUGCCCAAGUCCACCUUGGACCACUCCACAGUCAAGAAGAAGAAGGCCAAGCGGCACGCGCCGUCGGAGGUGCAGGUGCCCUGCGGUGGAGACGGGGGCGGAGUGGUGACCUUGCGCAGGAAUGCGGGAGGCAUGCAGAAUAAAAUCGCCUACGACAUAGAAGUGGUGCUUUAA